CAUUAAAAUGCACGAAACAAUAGAGCUAACAAAGGAUUUAGAGUAUAUCCGUGAUGAAAACGAUGUUCUGCCACAAUUGGUGACCCAACGACACGCUGUACUAUGGGCCGAUGGUGAUGAUGAUAAUGGUAAUGGUGAUGAGGUGGUAAUCCUAUGGACGAUAAUUCUAGAUGAGAAUAACUAUCAUCCAAAAAGCAAUGCGAGUGUUUCUUUGCCAGUUAGUAUCGCACAAGUGACAAAACAUUGA